GUCGGUUUUGAAUAGUAGUGGUACUGUGGUAGUAGUAAGUAGCGUUCGGCAAUCAGUUGUUGAUAAGUCGGUGUGUUAGAACGUUGUGAGCGUGAGAGUGUGAGUUUACGAUGGUUACUACGACGAAUUCCGUCACUAGUACGACAAUGAUUCAAACGAGCAGUAUAUCUCCGACGCCUAGUACACCCAGUACGGGAGACAAUAAUGGAAUUGCUAGGAGGAUUAGUGAUAAUAGAAGGAGUAACAAGCCUAUUAUGGAGAAAAGGCGAAGGGCGAGGAUAAAUAAUUGUCUGAACGAGUUGAAGACCCUCAUAUUGGAUGCUAUGAAAAAAGACCCUGCAAGACACUCGAAACUAGAAAAAGCUGACAUCUUGGAAAUGACAGUGAAACAUUUACAAAAUCUUCAAAGGCAACAGAUCGCUAUGUCGGCAGCGGCAGAUCCAUCGGUGAUAAAUAAAUUUCGAGCUGGUUUCAGUGAAUGCGCCUCAGAAGUCGGUCGAUUUCCUGGAUUAGAUCCAAUAGUUAGAAGAAGACUUUUACAGCAUUUAGCUAAUUGUCUAAAUCAAGGUUCAAAACCUCAAGAAGUACCACAAGUACAAGUCCAUAUAUUGCCGAAUACGCAAAAACCUCUAGAACAACAAGUUCCUCAAACAAGCGGAAUUAUAUUGAGUAACGGCAAUGGUACUGGUGUUCAAUUAGUACCUACUAGAUUACCUAAUGGAGAUAUAGCUUUAGUUCUACCAGCGUCUUUACAACCGCAAUCACAUUCUUCUCCAGCAGUGCCUUUACUAGUACCAAUUGUUCCUGAGAGAACAGCAUCCACGAACUCCGCUACUAGUGUUUAUUCUAAUUAUUCACCUAGCCAUAGUCCUGAACCUAUGGAAUCCAUGUACAGCCAGCCUAAACCUUUAUCUCUUGUUGUAAGAAAGGCGGAACCUAUAGAAGAAAAACCUUGGAGGCCUUGGUAAAACUUUUAGUUCAGUUUGAAGAAGAGCCUUUGUUUGAUAUUACGGCUCAGUGAUUUAUGAUAAGUUUGAGGUUGAUACACUAACUAGUUUGCAAUUUCAUUAUUUCGAAAAGUCUGUAAAUUGUGCAAUAAAUUUAAUAUAUGACUUGUAAAACUGGUUGGUAUUCAUCGAUAGAUAUUUUUUUGUAGAAGUAUUUUGAGAAAAAAAAUUGUGAUAUAAUAGAUUACGUUAAAUCAGUAUUAACAUUUUCCUAAAUUUUAACUAACUAUAUCUCAUCUUUUUUCUGUAGCUUAUGCUAGUCUGUCAUUUUUAUUUCUCCAAUUCUCAGAAUUUUUUAAUAUUAUUCUGUUAAGGGAAAGUAUGCCCUUACUAUUUUUAUAAAAAUUUAUAAAAAUCUUAGAUAAUAGUAAAUUUAAUUUUUUUUUUAUUUUUGGAUGGGUAUAUUUGAUAAUUGGUAAAUUGAUUGAAGAAAAUUUAGGUUCUGGAUAAAAUUUUUCUGUUUCUUCUUUUCUGGAAAGACAAAUUUGCUAUACAACUUUGAUUUUUCAUUAUAAUUGUGAUGAUUAAUUAAAAUAAUAUAUAUAUAUACAUAUAUAUCUAUCUAUUUUUAUUUGUAAGAAUAUUAUAAGUGCCUUGUAAACAGCAAGAUCAAGAAUGUCUUCCAAAAGAAUUUUUUCAAGUGCCACUAACAACUGUUCGAUAGUUAAAAAUUUUCUAAGGUAAUGUAUAUAUUAUAAACUAUAUGAACUUUUGUAUAAAAUGUGUAUUUUUGAUUAAUUGAAUUUAUUACGUUUAUCAAAUAUUAUGUAUGAAUAGAAUUUAACGAAAAUAUUGUAAGUAAAUAUAUACAAGC